AUGACUGAACUCCAGGAGGACUCUGGACCAGCACUAUGGGUAGUGAACACGAUUUUCAUUGUAUUGGCUACACUCGCUGUUGUUGCCCGCUUUGGUGCUCGACGACUGCGAAAGUUGCCUCUCGGUGCAGAUGACUGGAUCAUUUGCGUAGCCCUUUUCUGGGACUGGAUACUAUAUGGGAUAUUUGUGGGAUGUCGGAUCAAUGGCCUCGGCAAGCAUCGAGAAACCCUCUUACCAGAAAAGGUCGCUGUAUUCUCGAAGCUCCUCUACUUCUUCCAGAUCUUCUAUGUCCUCGGACCCCCAACUGUGAAGCUCGCACUGCUGUUUUUGUACCGACGCAUUUUCGAGCAUUCAAGUUUCUUGCGAAUUGUCAAUGGAAUGAUCGUUCUGGUCUCUGUAUGGGCAAUCAUUAUGACUUUCCUCGCUAUUUUCAACUGUAAUCCGAUUAGCGCCUUUUGGACAACGGAAGGAACUUGCUUUGACUUUAAGCAAUUUGCUGUCGGCUAUGCAAUUGUAAAUAUCAUCACUGAUUUCGUAAUUUGGUUGAUGCCAAUUCCGAAAGUGUGGAAUAUUCAGCUUCCGAAAUCACAGAAAAUUGCAUUGUCCCUCAUUUUUGCAUUGGGUCUUUUGUAUGUCUAUUCCUUUUUCUAUCUCAAAGUUGCAGAUGACUUGGAAUUCUACCUUGCUAAUACAAUCGUUUUCAGUGAUUGCGCUGCAGCUAUGACCCGCCUUCUCCUCUCAAUGCUUGUCCUGGGCGAUUACGACUCCACAUGGCUCUACGCCAAGGGAUACAUGUGGUCUAUCAUUGAAGUUUCAACGGGCAUUGUCUGUACUUGUCUGCCAACGAUGCGAGUCCUCUUAAAAACGGUUUUUGGUGGCGCGUUGGCAAGAAUCCUUGGCAUGUCAAGUGGAGAUGCCAGCCAUCCGCCGUCAAGCAGUACGCUUUGGUCUAGGAACAAGCAGUAUUAUAACGACCUUGGCGGUGUAUCACCAGCGAAUGUCUGUUCCAACCCCCACCGUUCAAAUAUAGGUUCGAGUUCGAAGUCGAAUGAUCAAGAGUGGGAGAGUUGGCAGGGGAUUGUGGUGACUGAGGAGGUAAACAUUGAACUUCAGCCAGUCAAGUAA